GUUUGCUAAAUGUUGCAGGUGUUUCCAAUUAAAUUGUCUUACUAUAGGACUAAAAGCAUGACCUUAAAAAAAACAAGAUUGCAUCUAUGUGGACACCACAAAUAUCUUCACUGCAAAUACAGGUUGAGUUUUUUUAUGCACUCUGUAAAUGAAUAGUCAACCAGAUGCACAGACCUGCAGGCAGUGGGCAGUAUACAUACAGCACGCACAUGCAUCACAGGACAGAGCAGGAUCAGAGAUAAUUAUAUUUGAAAACAGCAUCAUAAUACUGUAUUAAGAAGUGACCGUUUGAAAAGAUGCCAAGUCCCACCCAUAUGUUAGUGUCAGUAUUUUGUGUAUCCCGCAGGAGCUAACGGGGAACCCAUUUGCCAACACAAUCGGAUUCUGUAUUCUCAUAAUCAGCCAUCGCUAUUUAUAUUGCGUGCAGGGCGGAGGAGGCGAGCCUCGCGAUGCAGCUCGGUCGCUUUUUUACACUCGGCGCUGUCCUGUCCCUUCUACAGGAGAAUAUUAUUUGGAAAGGAUAGGAGGCUUCAAAACGCUCAGCGACUGCUCUGAGUUAUGGUGGUAUUUUCGGGCAACAAAGAGACUGCAACCCCAAACGAUGCAAUGUCGAGCUCGGAUUCAGCAGAAGAUGAUUUCAGAAAACCAGCUCUUCCCAUCUCUAAUCUCAAUCUGGGGAAGGCGAUUCAUACUUUAAACGCCCUGCAGCAAGAGUUCCCUGAAGUGAUCCCCCUGAACGUGGGAGGGACGUUCUUCACCACGCGGCUGUCCACGCUGCGCCGGUACGAGGACACCAUGCUGGCUGCCAUGUUCAGCGGGCGGCACCGCAUCCCGUGUGACGCAGAGGGGAGGUUCUUCAUUGACCGCGAUGGUGCCUACUUCGGGGACAUCCUGAAUUUCCUGCGUGCCGGGGAGCUGCCUGCGCGGGAGCGGGUCCGAGCGGUGCAUCGGGAGGCGCAGUAUUACUCCAUCGGGCCGCUGCUGGCGAGCCUGGAGGAGGUCCAGCCCCUCACCGGGGAGAAGGUGCGGCAGGCCUUCCUCGACCUCAUGCCCUAUUACAAAGAGAACUUGGAGCGCAUCCUGGAGAUCGCCAAGCUGCGCGCCAUUCAGAGGAAGGCCCGCUUCGCCAAGCUGAAGAUCUGCGUGUACAAGGAGGAGAUGCCGGUGACGCCCUACGAGCGUCCGCUCUUCAACUCCCUGCGCUUCGAGCGCAGCGAGAGCGAGGCCAAGCUGUUCGAGCACCACUGCGAGGUGGACGUGUCCUUCGGACCCUGGGAGGCCGUGGCAGACGUGUACGACCUGCUGCACUGCAUUGUCAGCGACCUGGCCACCCGGGGCAUCAAUGCUGACCACCAGUGCAUCGGGGUGUGUGACAAGCACCUCAUCAACCACUACUACUGCAAGAGACCCAUCUACGAGUUCAAGAUCACCUGGUGGUGACCCUCCUCCCAGGCUCCGCCCAUGCUCACGCCUCGGCGGGUUUCAUUGGUUGAGAUGGCCUCUGCAAGGCAGGGCAGGAUGAGGUGUAGUGGAAUGUUCGCGAGUCGGUCGUUCUGAUUGGCGAAGGAGAGAUUCCAUGAUUGUUUUAGAACGAUUUGUCAUUUGCUGAGGAUACUGUGAUGCACUUGUGUAGUGGGUUUGUUGUCUGGUGUCAGAAAGCUGCCUCUGCCAAAUUGUAUCUCCCGUCAGUGUUUGUCCGCUGCUAAUUUGUGUCUCCUUGCAAAUUAGUGUUAAAAUAUCAGCUAGGCUUUGCCUCAGUUCUUCAAUCGCUUCUUUAGUAAUUCUUAACAAAAUCAGAUCACUGAAAUGGGGCAAGGGCAUACAAAUGAUUAUGGUUUGCUUAAAACAAUAUUUUUGGCAGUGUAAAUUUAGCAUUACACCCAGUAUAGAUGGCAAUUACAUAUGAGAGCCAUAAGUGAAGCUGCCACAUACAGGUACAACUAUAAAGAAAUUCAAGUAGACAAACAUUUCAGCAUGAGCCAAAAUGAGUCGUCUAUUUCAGCUGGUAGAGGAAGAAAAUGACCACUGCACCACCCAUGUGUCUUUCUGGCUGAUAAGCCAAGCAUUCCCACAAAUCACAUGACCAAAGUCUAUAGCUGUUCCCAUGCAGAACAGCUUAACGAUGUUGACUUAUAAGCCACUGUACAAGCAAAGCAAAGAUAUCCCGGCAUAAUAUUGUGGCACAAUCGUCUUAAAUUUAAAAACGUGGACUCACUGGCCAGGAGAAGGAUUCUGGAACCAGCUUUGAGACGCUCUGUCUACAAGUCUACGCACCGCAAUGGACCUCCCAGACACUGGGAGGUCCAUUGCGGAUAAUGUUUACAUUAUUUAUUUAUUAAUUUUUUUAAUCAUUCAUCCGUUUUUUUUGGAUGAACUCUCAUGCUCAGAGAGUCGACGAUAAAACCGAAAUGGAGACAAACUGGAGAGAAGAGAACCUGUGUGAAAUGGACGAGGGGAUGAAACAUUAAUGAAACAAGAAUGAAUUGCAGAUGCAAACUUGUUUUGCAUUUGAUAGUUUGCCCAGACUUCUUUUUUUAAGUCAGGAAACAGUUUUGUUUACAUCAAAACUAUAAUAAUGUGAAAAUGCUUGUGAGAAUGUUGUUGAUAAAGUAAGAAGUAUUUUUAGGGUUUUGUCUAGAGGCAAAUACUGCAGAGAAUGGAAUUCCUUGGAAAUCCCGGAAUUCGCAGUCUUCCACAGAUUCACCAUGUUCUGCAGCUACAUCGUCAUCAUCAUUAUCAUAAACAGACUGCUAAAGUGAUCUGAAAUAUAUAACUGAGUGGUUCGGUUCUAGUUUGGUUACAUGAACAGAUGUUUUGUCUCCUUCAAAUAGUCUGAGUUUAUUAAAGACUGGAGUUAAGGCUUUGAAAAUGUGUCCCAAUAAGAAGUCUCAUGUCAUGUGAUGUUUUUGUUUGACAGUUUCUAAGGAUUUUGCUGACAAAGAUUCUUGCUAUAUUAAAUCUGCAGCUAUCUACUGAAAAGGGCAGCAUUUGUUUGCAUUUUUCCCACUCCACUGCCCUCAAUAUACCCCCCAGCAUCAUUCAAACCCUACAGCACUGUGCCCCUUUGAUG